CAUCGUCGUUGUCCAACCAUAAAAACAGGUCACUUACCCUCAUCUAGCUGUACUAGCCUGUCGCUCUCACAAGCAAAGUCCAACCAACAUGGUCCUAGUUCUCGUCAUUGGAGACCUGCAUAUUCCAAAUCUAACACACGAUCUCCCUGCAAAGUUCAAAAAGCUCCUCGUCCCAGGAAAGAUUGGUCAAAUCAUAUGUACCGGCAACGUAUGCGAUAGAGAGACGUACGAUUACCUACGGACUAUUGCGCCAGAGGUUCACGUAGUCAGAGGAGAAUUCGACGAGAACACUCACUUUCCCCUUUCCCUCACUAUCCAACAUCAAUCCCUGCGCUUAGGAGUUGUUCACGGACAACAGAUCGUCCCUGCCGGAGACCUGGACAUGCUGGCAGCGAUCGGGAGGCAGAUGGAUGUCGAUGUAUUGAUAUCAGGAGGCACACAUAGAUUCGAAGCGUUCGAAGCGGAGGGCCGAUUCUUUAUCAAUCCAGGCUCAGCGACUGGCGCAUGGAGUGGAUUAUGGAACGGCGACGCGACACCCUCCUUCGCAUUGAUGGACAUUCAAGGUCCCGCAAUCGUGACAUAUGUCUACCAACUGGUAGCUGGCGAGGUCAAAGUGGACAAAAUCGAGUACAGACGACAAGAACCUCCAAGGGAUCAAGAAGCCAUGUCACCGAGAUUGAGUGCUGGCGCAGGAAGCAAUAGAGCUGAGGUGGCCGCCGGAUGGUGAGACGCGUGCGCGCGCGCAAAAAGAGAGAGAGAGGGACUGCGGGCAGAGACCAUCAAAGUUGUAUAUGCCAACCAAUUUGCAUGAUCAGACAAUAG